UUCGCUGUUUUUGGCAACCAAGAUUAAUAUUUCCUUUUAUACCUACAAAGAUCAGAAGAGCGACAUAAAUACUUUUAGUUUAAAAUGUGUGACGACGAUGUAGCAGCCUUGGUAGUAGAUAAUGGAUCAGGAAUGUGCAAAGCAGGAUUUGCAGGAGAUGAUGCUCCACGUGCUGUAUUCCCUUCCAUUGUUGGAAGACCUAGAUAUCAGGGAAUCAUGGUCGGUAUGGGACAGAAGGACAGUUACGUGGGAGAUGAAGCACAAAGUAAAAGGGGUGUUUUAACUGUUAAAUAUCCAAUCGAACACGGCAUUGUAACAAACUGGGACGAUAUGGAAAAAAUAUGGCAUCAUACAUUCUAUAACGAACUAAGAAUCGCUCCGGAAGAACAUCCUGUUCUUUUGACCGAAGCUCCUUUGAAUCCUAAAGCUAACCGAGAAAAGAUGACACAAAUUAUGUUUGAAACUUUUAAUUCUCCAGCAAUGUAUGUCGCUAUACAAGCUGUUUUAUCGCUUUACGCUUCAGGGCGCACUACAGGCAUUGUUCUAGAUAGCGGAGAUGGAGUUUCACACACAGUACCGAUUUACGAGGGAUAUGCGUUACCGCAUGCAAUUUUACGUAUGGAUUUGGCCGGCCGCGAUUUAACAGAUUACCUUAUGAAGAUUCUAACGGAAAGAGGAUAUUCUUUUACUACGACCGCGGAGCGUGAAAUUGUUCGAGAUAUUAAAGAAAAAUUGUGUUACGUUGCUUUGGACUUUCAACAGGAGAUGGCUACGGCCGCUGGCUCAAGUGCCCUCGAAAAAAGCUAUGAAUUACCAGAUGGUCAGGUAAUUACUAUUGGAAAUGAACGUUUUCGGUGUCCAGAAGCAAUGUUUCAGCCAAGCUUCCUCGGCAUGGAAUCAUGUGGAAUACAUGAAACCACUUACAAUUCAAUCAUGAAAUGUGACGUCGAUAUUCGUAAGGAUUUAUACGCCAAUUCGGUCUUAUCGGGCGGAACCACUAUGUAUCCAGGUAUUGCGGACAGGAUGCAAAAGGAAAUAACGGCACUGGCUCCGUCUACAAUGAAGAUCAAGAUAAUCGCGCCUCCAGAAAGGAAAUACUCGGUCUGGAUCGGUGGCUCGAUCUUGGCCAGUUUAAGCACCUUCCAACAAAUGUGGAUUUCUAAGCAGGAAUACGACGAAUCGGGUCCGUCUAUUGUACACAGAAAGUGUUUCUAAUUCUCCUUUCGAAAAGAGUUUUCAAGAGGUUUCAAAAGAAAUUUGACUAUAUUCAAUUGAAAAAUUAUAAAUCGAUAUCGUGUCGUAAUAAAAUUAACUCACUCUGUA